GAGCAGCGCACCCGCUCAAGGAGUGGAGGUGCAAUGGGCGAUGCGGGGGGCACCAGGAUCGAGGCUGGUGCACGCAGUGCCAGCAGCGUGGGAACAGGGGUCCGCCAUGGGUACCGGAGCGCCAGAGUUUGCAGCCGAGCGAGACGCCGCAUCCGAAGCCGAAGGGUCGCUGGGGCGAGGGGCCUCCGCAGACUUCGAGUGCCAAGGAAGACGCCCUCGCGCAGGCCAAGCGUGAGCUGCGGGCCGAGCACUUGCAGGACCCUGGCAAGCACGGCCUGUCGGCGGAGCAGGCGCAGUCGGUCCGCGCGCCCCUGGCUCCGCCGAGCCAAGACGUGGACAUGGAUCCCGCGAAGGCGGAUCUGGCCACGAAGUCGUUGCAGGACCGGAAGGCGUUGGAGGCCAAGCAGAAAAAGGUGGAUCAGGAGCUGGAUUUCCUCAAGGGCCAUCAGACGGCGCUGCAGGAGAUCAACACGGCCAUCAAGUCGAAGGAGACCGCGGACGCCGUCCCCGUCCUCGGCACAGUCCAGCGGAGGGGCCCCCUCGACACUGGCGAGGCGCUGGGCUUGUUGGGGUUCGUGGCGAAGCUGCUGGGCAAGCUGGGGACGUCGCCGCACCUCGGUGCGAUCGAGAAGCCUGUCUGCGAGUUUGUCAUGCUGCUUGGCGAGCAGCGCCAGGCAGUCCAGGACAAG